AUGGCGUCUCGAAAGACACAGCAAGAGAUCGAUAAGACCUUCAAAAAGGUGGACGAAGGCAUUCAGGCCUUCGAGGGCAUCUAUGAGAAGAUAUAUUCUUCCACUAAUGCUGCGCAAAAAGACAAGUUGGAGGAUAACCUGAAGAAAGAAAUCAAGAAACUGCAGAGAUCGCGCGAUCAGAUCAAGACGUGGGCAGCCGGCAAUGAGAUCAAAGACAAGUCAGCCCUGCUAGAACAACGGAAACGGAUAGAAAAAUGCAUGGAGAUCUUCAAAGCUGUCGAAAAAGAGAUGAAGACGAAAGCCUUCUCGAAAGAGGGACUGUCGCAGAAUACAAAGUUAGAUCCGAAGGAGAAGGAGCGGGAAGAGCUCUGUGACUUCUUAUCGGAUCAACUUGAGGAGAUUAACAGGAUACUGACUGAGGAACUGGAACCGGAAGCCGGUAAUCUUCAAGCCGCGCUCAAGAAGAAGCAGAAAGACAACUCUAAAGCAGACCGGCUGGCAGAGAUCGAGAGCAUGACCGAGACAUACAAGUGGCAUGAGUCCAGACUACAACUAUUACUACGGUCUCUGCAGAACGGCAACGUCGAGAAUGAUGUGGUAGCUGCCAUCAAGUCCGAUGUAGAAGAGGUCGUGAGGGAAGGUCGUGAACCCGAUUUCGAUGCGGAAGCCUAUGAGGGAAUCUACGACGACUGCAACUUGGAUAGCGAAGAAGCGCAGUUUGGAUUGGCCAACGAGGUGGAUCGAAUAUCUUCUCAAGAUACACAGUCCAUUCAGGAGGACAAUGACCCCGAAGCAGUCGUCCCCAAGAAGACGAAAGCUGAUCAUGCUCCUGCCAGACGCCCGUCCACGCAGCUCAAGUCACCACUGCCAGCCCUUGCGACGCUCAACACAAUGCCACCUCCGCCUCCUGUGCCCAAGGAUAAUACUAUGAAACCAGCACCCUUACCCAAUCGACCGGCCGGGGAGACUUUGAAGUAUGCCUCGGCAGCUGCUGCCGCUGCAGCCAGCGACAAGAGCGGAGUGGGCAUUGCACCACUUCCUCCCCCCAUCGCGGCCGGUCCUGCGCCUGCGUCCCAUCCUCUCCCAGCACCACUAAGGACGUCGACAACGACGUCUCCAGCUUCUGUUCCUGCCCAGCCAGUGGAAAAGACAGCGUCACCAGCUCCCAUCGCCGCGAGCAUGGACGGCUCUAUCUCGCACGACCAAUCUAGUCACUCCAAGUCACCGACACUCAGCUCCACUAGCGCCCCCGCGGCAAGCGUACCGAGCAGUAUACCUCCAACUCCAGCCAUGGACAAGUCUGAGGCUGUGCAAGAACCUGUAAUUGCGGACGAAUUACCUACGACUAACGGUGAAAGCCAUGAAGACACAGUGGAGUCAAUCUACCACUUGCCACCUGGCCUGCAAGACCUGUUAGAUUCAUUCGAGACGACCAAGAGUCGAGCGACUCAGCCUCCGUCGCAGCUCGCUAGACUGCUGCAGGCUUCACAAGAAACCUGCCCAGAACCAUCAGACAGCGACAGGCCACAACAUUAUCGACCCACAUUCAAGUACAAUACCCCUGCGCAUUAUCCCCAGGACGUACUUCCCAUCUUCGAUGAUCCGGCGCUCUACGACAAUCAAAGAUUGGAGACAGAUACUCUAUUCUACAUUUUCUACUAUCGCCAAAAUACAUAUCAACAAUGGCUCGCCGCACGUGCGCUGAAACAACAAAGCUGGCGGUUCCAUAAACAGUACCAGACAUGGUUCCAACGACACGAAGAGCCAAAACAAAUCACCGAAGAGUACGAGCAAGGAACGUACCGUUUCUUCGACUACGAGAGCACGUGGAUGAACCGUCGGAAGGCUGAUUUCAAGUUCGUGUACAAGUUUCUGGAAGAUGAUCUGUAG